AUGCCCUCACUCACUCUAACAGACCCGGACAUGAUCCUGCCGUACGAAGGCGAACGCGAAUCCCAAACUCCCUCCCCACCGCGAAUCGCCUACUUGUCGCAUCUCAAUUCCCGCCAACCAGACCCCAAUGCCUCCAUGUCGGCGCCCAGACAGAAGAAAAAUUUUUCUCGCCAUGCCUGGACACACGACGACGUGAAUGUCAGCCGCCGUCUCUCGGAUAUUGGCGAGGAGCUCUCGCCAGAUAGAUCGGAGGGAUUCGGCGAUUCGGAUGAACAUGAGCUGGCCAGCUCACCGCUACUGCAUGAGCGCGACGAUCGGAACAAGGAUAAUGCUGCGUGGAGUAGCUCCAAUUCCACAAUUAGUGCGGGGAGCAGACGCGCUUCCGCUUCUAGAGAUGUAUCCGAGGCGCAUAACGGACGCGACGAAUCCCCCCGUCCACCCCGAGGUCGCGAGAGCGCAAGCUACCGCGGUCGUGGGUACUGGGGCUUCCUCUGUACCGGCUACUGCAGAGGGCAAGGGGCCCGGGAGGAGUUUUCCUCCGCGAUACUGAGUAGCGAGGCGGAGAGGAUUCUGGAGAAUGCGAAGAAACGGUUAAAUCUUAUGGAAAACAAUCUCACUCGAGCUCGGUCGACGACGCCGCGCACGACCGCCUCGCCCUCGCCCUCGCCCUCGAAUUCCGGCUAUAUCCAGCCGAUGGGUAUGCACCAGCCUGUGGGGGGACUGUAUCGGUCAAUUUCACGCACGGAUCCUAAGAACUCUUCGCUUCGACGGCAAUCGCUUAUUGCGUCGCAGGAUACGACGAAUAAUCGUCAUUCGAGAGUGCACUCUGAGACGAAUUUUCCGUCUGAUUCGAGCUUCUCGAAUGAUAAGCGCAUCUCACGCUCUGUCAGUGCGAUGGGCGCAAGCACUUCGUCCAGUCUUCAUACGGAUGAUCGGUCGUUCCACUAUGCACCUACGAGAGCGUAUCUGACGCACCGGUCAUCGGUUUCCUCUAUGCAGCAGCCCCCGAGACGUGCACAUGAGCAGGAGCAACACGACCAGGCUGCGCAGUCACCUGUUUCUGCCGGAGGCAGUUCGUCGGACUCGCCACAAGGCUUGGGCAAUUCCGAGGAGGAAUCGAAAUCCAGUCCGGAGGGUUUCAGUCCAGUCUACAGCUCCUUUGGUCCCCCUAGCCGCGCGCAGUCACAACUGCAGGUGCGAGAUCUCCAGUACCAGAUGAAGGGGCUUCAUAUCAAGAUCUCUUCUCUCAAGGUGAAGAAUCAGGAGGAUAAUCUUCGCCGACGCAGCUUGCAAAGCUUGCGAACGCCCAGCCCAUUGACGGCCGCCGAUCACUGGUAUGCGAAUGCGCUGGAGCUCAGAGAUGGCCAGGGCAGUCGUGGGUCCAACCCCCAACCUCUGAAAAUAUCCGGCGUGCCUCGAAAUGAUGCAGCGGAAGAUCAACGCAGAUCCGAUGAGCAUGCCGCUGGGAAUAAAUCCAAACACACCGGGAAUUGGCAAGGCAAUGAGCCUGCGGACUAUCCCGAUGACCAAUCUGUUGCCGACACCAUGUACGAAGAUGCUGAAGAAGGUGAUUUCGAUGAGGACAUUGACCGCGAAGCUCUGAAUGAGAUCUUACGCGAACCCCUUGACGAUGACUUCGAGAACGACAUGGAAGCCUUCCCCGACAUGCCAUCGCACACGGAUGCGACUCCGCACGAGAUGCGGGAGGAUGCGUUCGACUAUGAGCAUUUCAUCUUGCAUAGCGCACUGGGCAACUACACCCAGCAACUCCGUCGAGUGAGCAACAGCUCGAACGGAUCAGUCGAGACAACUCGGCCCCCAUAUACAGCGCGACACUCCCGUACCAACAGCAAUAUGUCCGACUCGACAGUGGCAACCUUCGCAACCGCAACCGAAGGCGAGCGUCCCGACGACGAGGACGACAUUGACAGCGUGAUGUACUGGGACCGACGGUUCAACCAUGAGCUGCGACACGGACAUAGCCAUGGCCAUUCCCAGUCACAUGCUCAUGGUCACCCGCACAGCCACAGCCACCAACCAAGUCCAAUCCAAGAGCUUGAGGCUGAAGGUGAUCGCUCCGAAACACCCCGCGGACCACGACACGAAAGCGACACCAACCAAGUGGACCCGAACAACCUCUCCCCUCAGAAACUUACUGGCCGCUCAUCCUCAGCUACAGCUGGUUCCGCAACCCCAACCUCCCUUGUUUCGUCCCUCGUCUCGACUGUGCGUGCGGCAUCCAGCACCCCCAGUGUCGGUGGCAUCAACGAUGAUGACACACAGAUGUUGGAAGCACUGUUUGCCAGCCUGGGUAACGUUUGUAAGGAUCUGCAGGCCAUCACGACCUCCCCGGAUCCAGAUGUGAAAGCUGCGCGUGUGCUGCGGCGUCGUCUGGAUGCGGCGCGGAGAGUGCUGGACGGAGAGCUUGAUGCUUGA